AGGCCAUGGAGGGAAAUCGUUCCCAGUCCCCUUUAGCCCUUUGAGCAUGUUUUAUUUUCUAAGCCAGAAGCUAUCAUGGGAGACCUUUUGUCUUUAUUCUGGGGGGUGGACCCCCCUCCCAGGCCCCUCAGUUUUACCAUCCCAAGUCAGGAUGCUGAGUGCCGGAAAGAUGACUCUUGUGGGACAAUAGGAAGUUUCCUGCUUUGGUAUUUCAUCAUCAUACUGAUCCUCAUGUUUUUCUCUCGGGCUUCCGUCUGGAUGUCUGAGAGCAAAAGGGAAGAUGACAGCAGGACAAACGCAUCAGUAAGCAAAGAAAGCAAAGAAACUUCCCAUAAGCGACAAAAUAAAGACGGAUCCUGGGACUCGUCACAAGUAGUGAAGAAACCAAAGCAGAACCACCUUUCUGUGGUGACUGACUCCGAAGUGGCUUUGGUCAGCGCCUAUCUUGAACAGAGACGAGGUAGGCGCCAUUCCCAGUUUCACCGAGUGAGUCAGAUCCAGCAAGACAGUGAUACCACUGAGUGUGACAGUGAGGAAUCUAACUCUGGAGUGUCCUCGUGGAAGGAGAGCGAAAGCGAACACCUUCCGUCACCCGCCACCUUCAAGAGGAGAAAAUCAGUGUCGAGGCCAAGGGAUCUGGAAAAUUACCAAAUCAGAGAAAGGCCUUGCCUCCACUGCAAAGCCAUGAGAACCAAUGAAUGGUUGACACGCCACUUCCCACCAAGCACCUCAGUAAUGUCUCCCAUGAAGGGAGAGACUCAAGAGGAGAAUUUGACACCUGGCAUCAACACAAAAUUAAGUAAAUUUUGAAUCUUGGCACCCUUGCCUUACUUGAAGUCAAAAGAAGGAGAUGAAUAAAACAUGAAAACCAGAGUUGUAGGUGAGGAGACGUUUACAAUAAAGCCUCUUUGCUAACAACGAAAGUAUAAUUGGAACCCAAGAGGUCAAAUUUCAGGCAAAUUCAUUGUUCAAAACAAGGGCAGAGAAUGUGUCCAUGCCACCACAGGAACACGGAAGACUUGUAUCUUCCAUGAUCUUUUUUUUUUAAGUCAAAGGAGCCCCGGGCAGAUAGUCCAUACCCCGGGUGUAUGUGUUUUGUUUAUGUCAAUGAUACAAAUACAAAAGCUUUUUGAAAAUAUAUUUAUGUUGAGAAACC